CCGCGUCGCGCGCGAGGCGCCGUGGUGACGCGCGCGAACCUGUUCAGCCGGUUCACGCGCGUGAUCUCGUCGUACGCCAACUCGCUGAUCACGGCGGCGGAAGACCCGGAGAAGAUUCUCGAUCAGACGGUGAAUGAGAUGCAGGGGGAUUUGAUCAAGAUGCGGCAGGCGACGGCGCAGGUGAUGGCGUCGCAGAAACAGCUUGAGACGAAGUAUAACGCGGCGACGAAGGCGGCUGAUGAUUGGUAUAAGCGCGCGCAGUUGGCGAUGGAGAAAGGCGACGAGGACCUGGCGAGAGAAGCGCUGACGAGACGAAAGUCGUACGCGGAGAACGCCGAAUCGAUGAAGGCGAACCUGGACGCGCAGAGCGAAGCGGUGGAUAAAUUGAUCGCGAAUACGCGCUUGCUCGAGGGCAAGAUGGCGGAGGCGAAGAGUAAGAAGGAUACGUUGAAGGCGCGCGCGGCGAGCGCGAAGACGAACAAAGCGGUGAGCGAUAUGGUGAGCGGAGUGUCGACGUCGUCCGCGCUCGGCGCGUUCGAGCGCAUGGAAGAAAAGGUGCUCGGCAUGGAGGCUGAGGCCGAAGCCAUGGGCGUGUUCGCCGCUCCCGACAACCUCGAGGCCCAGUUCAAGGCUUUGGAGGCUGGCGGCGUCGACGACGAACUCGCAGCUUUGAAGAAAUCCCUCCCCGGCGCCAGCUCCAAGGGUGCCCUCCCCGAGGGCCGU